AUGACAGAAAACAUUACUAACGAUGAAAGUAAAUUGAGCUAUCCAAAGAAAUUAUUAAAUAGAGGAACAGAUUCAGAAGGAAAUGUUUAUCAAGAUCUUGAAGAUUUAUGGAAAAAAGAAGUAGACGGCAAAGAUAGUUUAGAUGAUAAAUGGUAUAAAUUAGCAGAUGAAUAUUGGAAAAAAGUCGAACCAACCGUCGAUGGUAUGCUUGGUGGUUUAUCCAAAGUUUCACCAAUGGAUGUUGUUGCAUCAAAAUUCUUUUUACAAGAUUUUAUCAAAGGCAGCGAAACCAGACAACCAAUGAAAUUGGAUAAUGCAUUAGAUUGUGGUGCUGGUAUUGGAAGAGUUACCAAAGAAUUUUUAGUCCCAGUCGGUUUCAACAAUGUUGAUUUAGUAGAACAAAAUGGUUUAUUUUUAGAUAAAGCUAAAGAAAUUUUUAAAAGUGAAAAAAAAGUUCAAAAUUUUUAUGCAGUUGGUUUACAAGAUUUUAAAUUUCCAAAGUUAUAUGAUUGUAUUUGGAUUCAAUGGGUUGUAGGUCAUUUACACGAUCGUGAUUUUAUAGAGUUUAUAAAGAGAUGUUUAGAUUCAUUAGCACCAAAUGGAAUUGUUUGUAUCAAAGAUAAUGUCGCAAAGAAGGCCUUUGUAAUGGACAAAGAAGAUAACUCUGUAUCAAGAACUGAAGAACACUUUAAAUAUCUUUUUGAACAAGCAGGAUGUAAUAUUAUUAAAACCAUGGUUCAACCAAAUUUCCCAAAUAAUUUAUUCCCUGUAUUAAUGUUUGCUUUAGAAAAAAAGAAAUAA